AUGACAGAUAUUCAUUCUUAGCAAAAAAGUGUUUAGAAAGUAAGAUAUCAUUCAAAAAUAGUAAGCAUAUAUUGAUGAUCUAUUCACAAAUGACAAUGAACUUGAUGAGGAUAAAGAUUUAAUUAAAUAAUACAAUACUGCUAAGAAAGAAAGAAAAACUAUUGAAGCUCAUAAAUAAUUGCUUGAUAAUAGAGUUGCAUUGUUGAAAUAAGAGGAAAUCAGAACAUUAAAAAAAAUAGAGGAGACACGUAAAAAGGCAUUGGAAAUUUAUUAUCUUAAAAAAAAGAAUGAAGAAAAACUGAAAAAAGUAUAUCUAUUUUAUUCAACAUUUUAGAGGGAAGAAGAAAAAGAACAAUUAUAGAAGAAAUAAGAAUAAUAAUAAUAAAUUAGAAAAUAGCAAGAAAGAGAACAUAAAUUAUUAAUUGAAAAACAUAGAAAUGAUAAAGUAUAAAAGGCUUUUAUAAUUAAAUAACAAACCAAACACAAUGAAGUAAGGAAAUUGAGUUCUCAAAAAUAAUCUUUAACAACUCUUAAACAAAAAAAUUAGAUAUUUAGAGAAUCAAGAGAUUUGAAUAGGGUGAAAGAAAGAAUUGUUAUGGAAAAAAGAGAAGCUAUAAGAGAAUAAUUAGGAAAGAAAUUAGACUUUGAACAAAAGUUAAAAGAUGGAAAAUAGAAAGGUAUUUGAAGAGCAAUUAUUAUAGAGAUUGAGCAAAUUGAAACAUAUGAAAUGGAUUUACUAUAAAAGUUACAAAACACUUAGUAAAUGUAAAAAACUGCUUUUGAAGAAUUAGAAUCAGCAUUGACAAUGACUGCUAAAGAAUUUGCAGAAAAAUAUCUUUAACCAAAAUAAAAAGAGUAAUUAAAAAAAUACUUAUUUUUAGAGAUUAAAAUAAAGAUAUUUCAAAUUUUAAUAGUGAGGAAGAUGGUGUAUAAUAAAAUUAAGAAAGACCACAUAUUGAUGAAUCUGAUAAGGAUUAAUCUUCUAAAAUAUCUAUUGAAUAAAUAAAUGAAAUAAAUGAACCAAAUCUAUAAAAUGAUACAAAUAAAGACGAAAAUGAAGAUUAAAAUGAUAAUUUAAAUUAAGAUAAAAAGGAUUCUGAAUCUAAAUAAGAGGAUUAGAAUAAUUAAUAGUCUUUUCAUGAAGAUGAGGCAAAUUAAAAUUAGUAGAACAACUAAAAUGAAAUCCCAAAUAUACUAGAUUCCCCAAAAGCUUAAGAUAAAUAAGAUGAUCAAUAAUAAGAAGAAUAAUGA